CCUGAGAAACUCACAGGCGACAACAAGUGGUAUUGUGAUCACUGCAAAGAGCAUCGAGAUAGCACUCGUACGCUUAGUGUGUUUGUUGUUCCGCCCGUUUUGAUUGUGCAUUUGAAGCGGUUCCAGAAAGUGGACACGCCGCACGUGCUUGGCUCGACACGAUUGGGGAAUCUCUGUUGUUUGGCUAGCAAGAUCAAAACUCUGGUUGAUUGUGGAUUGGACGGCAUUCGCAUUGGUGACUACUGCGAGCAGACGUAUUCGGUUUUUGCAGUUAUUAAUCACAGUGGGAGUCUCCGUAGUGGCCAUUACACAGCGACGUGCAGAAAUCGAACAGAUGGGGAGUGGUAUAAUUUUGAUGAUGAAACUGUAACGAAAGUGGAGACGUCGGAUGUCAUCACUGAAGAAGCGUAUUGUAUUUUCCUGGCGCGUGAAGGCUUCUUAGCCGCUUGUCCGAGAGAGCGACCAAUGCCAACCGGACGGAUAUAUAGUCACGGCGCGAUGCGGAAACAGAGUCUCUCGACUCCGGAGCACUGGCCUGUGAAGGCGAGCAAGAGGAAUAGCUGGGCGUUGGAGUCCGCUGAAGGUGUUUGA